GACGGACGUGUCGUUUGCCGUUGAAAACGCGCACUUUGAACCUUUCCUUUCUUCUCCUUUCCUUCGUCUUCCCUUCUCCUUCUUCUUCUUCUUCUUGUCAUGCUGUGUUCUCUCUUCUUUCUUUCUUUCAACCACAUGUGAAAUCUCUGAGCACCGCCACCUUAAUAUCUUUCUCUUAGCACCCGAAAGGGAGAGAGAGGUUACCUGAGACUUUGGUGGCGGUGGUUGACCAUGGAUCUGAGGAGUUUGCUGGCAGUUUUAACGGUGGUGGUUCUUCUUCAAUUGGGUUUUGUGUGUUCAGCUUCUGGGAAUGUUGUUUUUAAGGUCCAACAUAAGUUUGCUGGUAGAGAACGCAGUCUCUCCGCAUUAAAAGCCCAUGAUGCUCGCCGUCACCGGAGAAUUCUUUCCGCUGUUGAUCUCCCUUUAGGUGGGAAUGGCCAUCCUGCUGAAGCUGGCCUUUAUUUUGCUAAAAUUGGCCUCGGCAAUCCACCAAGGGACUACUAUGUGCAAGUUGAUACUGGAAGUGACAUUCUCUGGGUGAAUUGUGUCAACUGCGACAAGUGUCCCACAAAAAGUGAUCUUGGUGUAAAAUUGACAUUGUAUGAUCCAAAGAGUUCUGCUUCUGCAACAAGGGUUUAUUGUGAUGAUGAAUUUUGUGCUGCUGCAUACAACGGUGUGCUUCAAGGUUGCACAAAAGACUUGCCCUGCCAAUACAGUGUUGUUUAUGGUGAUGGAAGUGCAACAGCUGGAUUCUUUGUGAGGGACAAUUUGCAGUUUGAAAGAGUGACUGGAAAUCUUCAAACAGCAUCAGCAAAUGGAAGUGUUGUAUUUGGGUGUGGAGCUAAACAAUCAGGAGAGUUGGGUACAUCCAGUGAAGCUCUGGAUGGAAUACUUGGUUUUGGACAAGCAAACUCAUCUAUGAUUUCACAACUUGCUGCAGCAGGAAAGGUUAAAAAAAUGUUUGCACAUUGCCUGGACAAUGUAAAUGGAGGUGGAAUCUUUGCCAUUGGGGAGGUAGUCUCACCAAAAGUAAAUACAACUCCAAUGGUAGCAAAUCAGCCACAUUACAAUGUUGUUAUGAAGGAAAUAGAGGUGGGCGGUAAUGUUCUGGAACUUCCAACAGAUAUAUUUCAAACUGGAGAUCGGAAAGGAACAAUAAUUGACAGUGGCACCACCUUGGCAUAUCUUCCCGAGACAGUUUAUGAGUCAAUGAUGAGUAAGAUUGUGGCUCAGCAAUCUGGAUUGAAAUUACAUACAGUUGAGGAGCAGUUUAUGUGCUUUCAGUACAGUGGAAAUGUUGAUGAUGGAUUUCCAGUCGUUAAGUUUCAUUUUGAAGGUUCACUUACUUUGAGCGUUUAUCCUCAUGACUAUCUGUUCCAAAUUCGUGAUGAUAUUUGGUGUUUUGGUUGGCAAAACAGUGGAAUGCAAUCUAAGGAUGGUAGGGAUAUGACUCUUUUAGGAGAUUUGGUGCUUUCGAAUAAGCUUGUUUUAUAUGAUAUUGAAAAUCAGGCAAUUGGAUGGACAGAAUACAACUGCUCUUCAAGCAUCAAAGUGAGGGAUGAUAGUUCUGGUUCAGUGUAUUCUGUUGGGGCUCACAAUGUUUCUGCAGCUUCCCACCUGAUGAGCGGAAGAAUUCUAACAUUUUUGUUAUUAUUGUUUGCUGUAUUCCAUAGAUUUUCAUAAACUACACAAAGUGGUGCAACAUUAUUUGAUUUGCCUGUACAAUAAUGUAAUCAGAAGUCUCCUUGGUAUAGCAUAAUUCUUGAGGACAA